CUCGAUGCCCAGGAUUGUCGUCGCAGCUGGCCGGAUGACAACGACGUAACAUCAUGGCGGACAACGACAAGAAGCCGAUGUCACGUUUAAUGAAACUCGCCAACAAGUUCAACUGCUUCUACCUGUCAGGCUUGCACGCAGGAGAAUGCAGGGCUUUUGUGGUCGAUGGGCAACAAGUCGGACUUGUGCGUCCGGAUGUGAUGAAAGAGAUAUUAAAUCAUCCUCAAGUAUUUCAAGUACAUCCCGAGUACGUGCAACUAAAUCCAGCCUUUCGGGAUUACACUGAGAGAAGUGCACGCGUCGACGAAGUGUUGAGGGAAUGGAUGGCCGGCGGUAAGUUUGUGACAUUGCGGGGCUGGAGGGAGGAAUGUUACGAGGUGCGUGCACAAUUCAAUACGCUACCGUUGUUCAAGAUGGAUCGCUCGGCCACAUGUUUAUUUGGAAUUCGGAAAUACGGAGUGGAUAUAAACGGCUACGUGAUGGACCCUGUCAAGGGCUUGUCAAUAUGGUUACAAAAGCGUAGUCCGAACAAGCAGACAUGGCCGGCAUACUGGGACAGUAUGGUGAGCGGUGGAUUGAGUGUUGGCUACGGCAUAAACGAAACCGCGAUAAAAGAAGCCGGCGAGGAAGCUGGUAUUCCCAAUCAUCUUAUCGCCAAGCUCAAGAGCGCCGGCUGCGUGUCGUUCUUCUUCGAAAGUGAGAGGGGUCUGUUUCCCAAUACGGAAUUUGUAUAUGAUCUUGAACUGCCGCCCGACUUUGUACCAAACAAUAGUGACGGAGAAGUGGAGACCUUCGAAUUACUCCCCGUUAGUGAAUGCUUAGAGAGGAUACUUUCCCCACAUUUCAAAACCACUUCUGUACCAGUUGCCCUUGACUUCUUAAUUAGACACGGAUACAUUACAGCGGAGAACGAGCCUAACUUUAUACAGAUUGUGGAGUUACUUCAUGUACCUCUGCAAACUAUGUACAAUCAUCGACACAAAACUAGUAAUAGAAUGGCUAAUGGCGAGGCGAUCGAAACUUUAGAAAAGGUUUAAAAGUUUUGUUAGACUUUUAAUUUAUACUGUGCUAAUGGCUAUGAAUUGAAUGAAAUGAGCAAGGUUCCUUUCCUAUGUUUCUUCAUUGGACAACUAUUGAGAAAUCUCAUUACAUACAGUUGUACACGUAUAAGACGUAAAGAGCUUUUUUUUUGUAAUUUGUAAAGAGACCUACGGAUUUAUAGAUGAAACUUCAUCCUUCUUAUUGGGUUAACCAUGUUUCUGCAUUCUCUUUCAUUUCAGUGCUGUUUUAAUUUGUCACAUCUUGUAUUAACAACGAAAAAGAAGAACUCGAUACGCUUUAUUAACUGCAUCAAUAAUACAAUGUUUAUGAGAACUUUACAAAACUUGUUUUUCUCUUAUCUAGUUUCUGUGAUUCAUCAAAGGAGAAGCAAUUGUUUUGUACGACGGAAUAAAAUGUUAACUAAUAAUAUCAUUUGACCCGUCAAAAUUUUCGAGGAUAAUUUCUAUAGAAAAGUCUUUUCAUUCUUUUCUACCAGAGGAUGAGUUUUAUUAAUAAUUAUGCUACAUUGAGACUUAUUUCAGCUUAAUCUGCCAUUAUUUAGCACAAUAAAAUCGUAUACCAAUUAUAUUAUUAUCGUGCUUAUCAACUGAACAGAUGCAUUGUAAUAAAAGUAAAUGACGAUUAAAUGAAAUUGACUUGCGGUAUACAUUAAAGUCGAAACAAAAGUAUUACGAACGCAGCAUUCCAGAGAAUAAGUUUAUCGAUAAGAUUGCGUUUAAGGACUGUGAAAGAUUCAAUGAAAAAUAAUUAUAAUUAAUACCUUCUCAUAUAUAUAUUAAAACUUGCAGCACACAGCUUGGAAUUAUCAAUGCGAGACGGUCUGCGUAACACUAAGAUCACGUUUACAGUAUUAUAAGAAUGAAUAUACCAUGUACUUUUUUAAUAGGUCAACAAAUUUACAGUCUGAUCAUGUGCUGACUUUGUGUUCAACUGAAUUUUAUUAUCCAACACUUGAUCACUUAGCAUCUCUCUUUACGAGUGACUUUUUUUUAAAGAAGGAUCGAAGACGUUUAUAUUCCUUAUCCUAAGCAUAUGCUGUUUUAAAAAUUUAAUUAAACGUUAAGUAUACUUCCACAUAUAAAGGUUUAAAUGCUAUUUGUAUUAUUAAUACAUCAGUGACUGUACAAGUGAGAAGCACAAAAGCUUAAUUAUUAUAAUAAUACUUGUUUAUUCUUAAUGGAUAAUACUUUUUUAACGGAUUAUAUUUUUAUUUCAGAAAUAAGAUUAAUAUUAAUAUAACUGAUUACACUGUAUUACGUUCUCAUUGAUAUUCGAAGAUAAAUAUGAUAAUGUUUCGAUAUUAUUACGUACGAGUAUAUAUCAUAUUUUAGCUGUACAUAAUAUUUAUUUAUGAUUUUCAUCUCUACUUUUACAAUGGAAGUUAAUCGAGUUGUACAUUGCAUUAAUACUAUAUAUUAUCGCUUUAUAUCGAUGAAUUGCGAAGAUCAUCAUUAGCUAUUUGUUAUAACGCCGUUCAUGUGAUAUAUUUUACAUCGUGUUUUUAAAAAUUGUUAUAUAUACCUCAUAAAAAAAAGAGCAUACAUACUUAUUCAUAUAAUUAAUCUGUUAAUAUUCGUGUUAAAUUCAUUAUUACAAAAAUCGCAUACGCGAGUGAAUGUGAAAUCCAAUAUCAUGUAUUUGUUAUACAAAUAUCGGUUAUGGCAAAAUAUAUAUUAAUCUCGUAAUAAAUUAUCGCAUUUCUGCACAAGGACGGUACGCGAACGCAUUUGUACCAUGUUGAAAAGCUGAAGAUUUACAAAUAUCGGUUUCGGCCAUUUAAAACUUUCGUUAAGACUAUAAAAUAUUCUGUAGAAUAACUCAAGUAGAAUAAUUGAAUCUUUUCAAAUAUUAUUUGUCGUAAUCUCUCUCUUGCAUAUAUGCCGAUGAAUUGAUAUUGCGAUAAUUAUAGAAUCGUUAGUUUAACAGGUUUUUGCAGUCAAGUUUAAGAACUAAUCGAACUGCGUGUAGUAGAUUUCAUAAGUUUAAUACUUUUGUAAUGACGAUAAUGUAAUAAUAUACUAGUCACGCUCAUCUUUAUCACUCUCUUUCUCUUGUAACGUUAAUCUGGUCAUCAGACACAAUAUUUGUGAUACAUUUACCUUAAGUGAGAUUUUGUUUCCUACUAUGAUUCAGUUUUGUGAUAGGGAUGGAUAGGACUGGUUAUAUGUUUAUUGCAUGAAUAAAAUAGUAUUACACACAUGGCCGUACACGCUGAUCUAUUAUUUAGCUCCGAUGCAGUAAUAAGGAAUUGCGCAUUUAAGGAAGGUGUUUAUAUUCCGACUAACGAUGAAACUGAUUUCCCUACAGAUUGUUAUGCGAGAAGAACUUGCAAGGUUUAUAUUGUUUUGCAUACAUGGACUAUUGUAACUAUGAGUGAUUAUCGUAUGCGAUCAUGUAAUACUAAACUUAUGCAUUCUGAGCUUUUGUACUCUUCGUUGCAGCCUAAGUAUCGAUUAUAAGAAAGAGCAUCAAAGAACUUGCGAGCCACCUUUUUUUGCUCAUUAAUAUGAUUAAAUUAAUGAACACAACUCAAUUCGUGACUUGACUAGACAAUUUCACCGUUUGAAUCAUCGCAGAAAGAAAAAGCGAAGCUUCUUCGCAAUACACCGGUAAAUGGCAAUGUUUUACAAAAUGCAGAGUCUGAAGAGCCUUUCCAAGUAACACUUUAGACAUUUUUGUAUAUGGUUUCAAUUUGCCAUUUAAUUUUCAAUUUUGAUAAUUAUUUUUAAUUUCAUAGAAUAAAACGAUUUAAAGGGAUUAAAUGUUAUAUCAAUAUUUUCCCAAGUACGUAUAUUCUUUAAAUAGUCUUUCUACGGCCGUUUAAAAAGAGAAAAUAAUACAGAGAGCCGCGAUAAACAAUUAUUUCUUUUCAGAAAAAUGAAGGGUGGAUGAAACUUUAACGUAUUGGUUACGUGCCACGCAAAAUUCAAUACUCUGAACGAAUGAUAUGCAUAUACUUAUCAAAUUAUUGUUCUGAUGCUAGCAAAUAAUUUUUUUCAGCACAAAAGAGAUUUUAAUUUUGAGAUAAAAUGUAAUAAUCUAUUCCUGCACACUUUCGGGAGAGAUUUGUAAACUGCAUAUGAGGUUUUAACCAACUCCGACUGUAUGUUGUUAUUCCACGCUCCCGUAUUUUGCAGGUAGAAGUUGUAUAAAGAUGCGGAUUGUUAUGCUCAAUCUGUUUAACGUUAGUAAAAAAUCUUGACGAUAAUAUCGAUUGUGCAUCGAAGAUGUAGCUAAAAAUGUAAGAAGUGUGUAGUUCUAGAAUCAGAUGAUUGUACUUACAUAAACAAUGAGAAAUA